GGAAGUGCGGGAUUCCCGGAUUGACAUCUCCUCAUCCUCGGCCUCUUCCUGCUCCUUGUCGGCCCGUCUGAGGCCCAAGGAUGGCGGCCGCCACGGCCUGCACGCUGGAGUUUGCCGUGGAGAUGAGCUGCGAGAGCUGUGUGGACGCCGUCCGGACGUCGUUGCAGGACGUAGCAGGUAUCCUGGGAGUGGAGGUGGAUCUGAUGGCCCAGAGCGUCCUGGUGAAGACCACCCUACCCAGCCUGGAGGUGCAGGCCCUGUUGGAGAGCACGGGCCGCCAGGCCAUCCUCAAGGGCAUGGGGAGCAGCCCUCUGUGGAACCUGGGGGCGGCCGUGGCCAUGAUGGGCGGCCCCGGGCCGGUGCAGGGGGUGGUACGCUUCCUGCAGGUGUCCCCCAACUGCUGCCUCAUCGAGGGGACCAUCGACGGGCUGGAGGCCGGGCCUCACGGCCUCCACGUGCACCAGUACGGGGAUCUCACCCACGACUGUGCCAGCUGUGGGGAGCACUUCAACCCCACUGGAGCUUCGCACGGGGGACCCCAGGACCCGCACAGGCAUCUCGGGGACCUGGGUAACAUCUACGCCGACGCCCAGGGGAGAGCCGUCUUCAGGCUGGAGGACGGGCAACUCAAGCUGGGGGACGUGAUUGGCCGCAGCCUGGUUGUGGACGCCGGUGAGGAUGACUUGGGCCGCGGCGGCCACCCCCUCUCCAAGAUCUCGGGGAACUCGGGGGAGAGGUUGGCCUGCGGCAUCAUCGCCCGCUCUGCCGGCCUCUUCCAGAACCCCAAGCAGAUCUGCAGCUGCGAUGGGCUGACCAUGUGGGAGGAACGCCACCGGCCUGCCGCUGGGGAGGGGCGGAAGGGGCCGGCCCAGCCCCCCGCCCACCUCUGACCCCCUCUUCGUCUUCACUAAAGGGUGUCCUAGCCCCCCAACCUGCUGGUAGUCUUGGAUAAAGGGUCUCCCAGCCCCCAUCCCGACGCCCGGCUCGCUCCCGACCUGCACUUAAUCAUCCAUAGAGGAUCACCCGGCCCCCUAGGACUGGCCCGCCUAGGAGGAAACUAGCUGAGGGCCCCCUGACCGUUGUGCCGUUAAUUCCUGCCAAGCAAAAUCACACUGCCGCCAGCUUCCCAGGGAGGGCGGGAAAGGUGGCGGUGGCCCUGCCGAUCAGCAUUCCCAGAUGCCUCAUCUCAGUUUUCUCUGCAAAGUAAUUAAAGAUUUAUUUUCCUACCGAACUCCGUUUUACUUCCUU